AUGGAUGCAAUACCACAAACCCAAGACCUUCCGAGACCGGGCGGAUUUCCCUCAGUUCGGUAUAAGAGAAAUUUACCCCAAAGAGGUCCUUCGGGACUUGUCAUAUUUACAGUUAUUGGUGCCAUUAGUGCUUUUGGUUUUUAUCGCAUAGGACAGGGAAAUUUGGAAAAACGGGAACUUCAUCGUGAAAAGCUUUGGUCACGUAUACAUUUAAUUCCGUUGCUUACAGCCGAAUUAGAUCGAGAUACUUAUCGUCGUAAUCAGGCUGCAUUAGAGCGUGAAGCUGAAAUAAUGAAAGAUGUACCAGGUUGGAAAGUAGGCGAAAGUGUUUAUAACACUAAAAGAUAUGUAGGACCGACACAAAUUGUAGUCCCUGAACAAAGUUAA